CCACACAGGAAGGUCACACAAUCCCUCACCAUCAUCAGAGUGGAAACCUCGGGGAUAAUAUUGUUGUUAAAGAGGAGGCUGGUGUGAUGGAGGAAUGUUCUGAAGGACACAAGGAUCCCUACAAGGACAUUAAGAUGGAGUCACCUAAUAACAGAAACACAUCACAGAAAUGUCCCCGUCCUCUGUAUUCCCGGGACCCCACACAGGAAGGUCACACCAUCCCCCACCAUCAUCAGGGUGAAGAUCUAAUAAAAAUCAAAGUUGAAGGUGAAGUAGAAGAGACGUAUGUGAGGGAUGAUCAGCAAUAUACAGAGGAGGCUGGAAUGACAAAGUCAUUCAAAGAGGAGGACACUCCUACAGAGAUCAGCACAGGACACGCCAUCGGGAAACCCUCAAAGGCUUGUAUCACUUUAUCUCCAGUUUGUAUAAUGGAAGAUGUGGACAUCACAAGAGAUUGUGCAGGAGAGAAGACAAUGAGCUCAGCUAUGGAUGGAGGACUUCACUGUGUGGAUAGACCAUCAAAUCCCUCUGACUCUGAGCAACCUUGUACUGUGAGGGAUGGUGCCGGAAUUCAGGGAAAUGAGAAAUUUUCCUGUCCUGAAUGUGGGAAACGUUUUAACUCAGAAUUAAAUCUUGCUGUACAUCAGAGAUCUCCCACUUGUGGAAUGCUUCAUCGCUGUUCUGAGUGUGGGAAAUGUUUUACAAAGAAAUCAAAUCUUGUUAGACAUCAAAGAUCUCACACAGGGGAGAAGCCGUAUUCCUGCACUGAGUGUGGGAAAUGUUUUGCACAGAAAUCACAUUUUGUUUUACAUCAGAGGAUUCAUACAGGGGAGAAGCCGUAUUUUUGCACCGAGUGUGGGAAAUGUUUUGCACAGAAAUCACAUUUUGUUUCACAUCAGAGGAUUCAUACAGGGGAGAAGCUGUAUUCCUGUCCUGAGUGCGGGAAACGUUUUUCAGGGAAAUCGGAGCUUGCUAAACAUCAGAGAUUGCACACAGGGGAGAAGCCGUAUUCUUGCCCUGAGUGUGGGAAAUGUUUUUUAAUGAAUUCCCUUCUUGUUGUACAUCAGAGAUUGCACACAGGGGAGAAGCUGCAUUCCUGCCCUGAGUGCGGGAAAUGUUUUUUACACAGAUCAGACUUUGUUGUACAUCAGAGAUCUCACACGGGGGAUAAACCGUAUUCCUGCCCUGAAUGUGGAAAAUGUUUUUCACAGAAAUCGCACCUGGUUAUACAUCAGAGGUUGCACAAAGAUGAGAAUCCGUAUUCUUGUCCUGAGUGUGGGAAAUUUUUUUCACGGUUGUCCUCACUUAAUGUACAUCAGAAGUUUCACACGGGCAGGAAGCUGUAUUCCUGCUCUGAGUGUGGGAAAUGUUUUUCAUGGAGAUCAGGCCUUGUUUUACAUCAGAAGAUUCACACAGGGGAAAAGCCGUAUUCCUGCACUGAAUGCGGAAAAUGUUUUUUACAAAAAUCAGACCUUGUUAAACAUCAGAGAUCUCACACAGGUGAAAAGCCAUAUUCCUGCACUGAGUGUGGAAAAUGUUAUACACGGAAACCAGCUCUUGUUAUACAUCAGAGAUCUCACAUAGUGGAGUAGGGAUGAGUCAAACAUUCCUGGGUUCAGUUCAUGGGAGCUUUGCUGGACUGCUCCUAGGUUCUGGAUGAUAAUCCGUACCCCACUGAAGUCAAUGGGAACAGAAUCUUUAAAAUCGAUUAAAUCCAGUUUUAAGGCUAAUGGGCUAGAGAUUGGAAAAGGGCAUAAGAGAGCUGGGCACUGUGGAUAUUGAGAUGUUUACUAGGAAACUACAGACCAGUCAGCCUAACAUCAAUAGUAUGUAAGGUAUUUGAGGGAAAGGUAAGGAACUCUCUGCAGAAAUGUGUCUGUGAUAAAGAUAUCAUAAGUGACAACCAGCAUGAAUUUAUGAAAGACUGUUCUUGUCAGACCAACCUGUUAUUGUUCUAUGUGGAUGGAAGUGAGAAAUUGGAUGGUGGAAGUCCAGUGGAUGUACUGUAGUCUAUCUAGAUUUUGUACUAGGGUUGUCCCGAUACCGAUACUAGUAUCGGGAACGAUACCGAGCAUUUGCUCGAGUACUUGUACUCGCACAAAUGCUCCCGAUGCCUAGCCGAAACCUUGGAUGGGCAGAGCAGAGCGGGCAGAGAGCGAGUCCUCAGCGUGUAAGGAAGCCGCUGAACUGUAAAAUUAAAUGUCCUUCUUAUCAUCCUGAAAACUUGCAGCGUGUGUUCUGCUGUUCAAUAGGUGACUCGAUGCUGGGAGGGAGGGAGUUUUCAUCAGCACUGAGAACGGCCCAGAGGGAGGGGGAGGGUCCUGCCUUUCUCUGGUGAAUAAUUAAGUACUGUUAGGAGGGCAGGAUGUGAGCUCAGAGAGAGAGAGAGAGAGAGAGUGCAAUAUCGCAUUCUUCCCUGGAAUCAACUGAACUGCAGUGCAACCUGCUGACAGCUCUUCUUUAUUGGAAGUACUAUAGUGCUUAAUAAUCAGUAAACCAGUCUUUUUUAACCAGUUAAUAACCGCCCUAUAGACGAUAUACGUCUACAAGGUGGUUGCUUAACUCUGG